AUGUUUUUAAAAAAUUCAAUUUGUGGUUAUAUGUUUGAAAAACUCUUGACAAAGAGUACAAUAUUAAACAAUGAUAAAAGUAUUGAAAUGAAAAUAACAAUUAAUAAAAAAGAUAAAAUCAUGAGAAAGGAUUUAAAGAAUUUCAAUAAUCAUACAAAAUUUAAUUCAGCUGUGAAAUUUGAUAUGGCAGUUGAUAAUAAAACUUGA